UUUUCGCUUGUCACACUGCCCAACGUCAACUCAGCGCGGAAAAUUGAAAAUAGUUAACGCGCUUCCAUGCACCAUGCUCUCCUAUAAGCACCAUGUUGUCCAGCUGAACUGCGGCGGCAUGCAGAUGCCACUCCUGGGCCUGGGCACCUACAAGCUCCAUGGAGAGGAGCUGCACGUGUCCGUGGACGCGGCCCUGAGCGCCGGCUACCGUGCCUUUGACACGGCUGCAGUGUAUGGCAACGAGGCCGAGCUGGGACGAGCUCUCCUUGAUCUCCUGCCACAACACGGCCUCCAAAGGUCCGACGUCUUUAUCAUCAGCAAGCUGGACCCGUCCGACAACGGACCACGGGCGCUGGACGGAUGUCUACGCAGUCUGGACGCGGUGGGCUGUGGCGGUGGGUACAUCGACCUCUUCCUCCUCCAUUGGCCUGGCACGAAGGGCUUGGAACCGUCCGACCCACAAAACGCCACCAACCGGAAGCAGAGCUGGACUGUCCUGGAGGACUUCUACACCGGUGGGAAAUUCAGGGCCAUAGGCGUGUCCAACUACACCGCCUCACAUCUCGGUGAGCUGCUGCGGGACUGCCGUGUGCCCCCUGCUGUUCUCCAGAUGGAACUGCACCCCAUGCUGUGCCAGCGUGAGCUUCUGCGUAUGUGUAUGGACAACGGAGUGCACUUCCAGGCAUACUCCUCGCUGGGCAAGGGGGCUCUGUUACAGGAGCCAGAGGUGGUGUCCGUGGCGGAGGCCUGCGGGCGUACCCCAGCCCAGGUGCUGCUCAGGUGGGCACUGCAGCAGGGCGUGGGGGUGCUGCCGAGGUCAAGAGAUGACACGCGGGUGCGGGAGAAUGCCUGCGUGUUUGACUUUGAGCUGAGUCCUCAGCACAUGCAGAGGCUCAGUAGGUUGGACUGUGGCAGGAGGUUCAUCAAGAGGGACGCCUCAUGUGUGGCCUAGAGGCAUUGAGGGGGAGUUCAUCAGGUGAAAGCCUGAAAAAGUCCAAAUAAGGAUGCAUAUUAAACAAAGUCAAAUUGGGUCACAACGUAAUGUCCAUGGGAAAUUGUGGGUCACAAGAUUAUUUCAGCUUAGAACCACUGGCAUAGAGCCCUGGACUUGGGGGUUCACCAGGCGAAAGUCUCAAAAAGUGGAGCUAAAAAAGGAGUGUUCAACAGGAAACAGGGGGAGGUACAUGUAUACCAGGUGGUGGUCAUUUUGAUCAGCUAGUUUUCCAAUGAUAUGACAUGACAAAGGACAUUCAUUAAUAAAUAAAUAAAUAAAU